UCCUCCCCAGUGGGCGGAAAUCCUUUCGUGGCGGAGUUCGGUCUUUCGUGUUUUCGAUCGGUUGUCGACCCAACGUAUUUACACCGUUACCGAGUCCUAAUUUCCCGAGUAACCUUUGAUCGUUCACUCGGUAUUUGGGUGUUGACUAAACUGGUGACCAGUGGAUAGCGUUUCAUCUCUGGCAAAGUUACGUGUAGGAUAAGUUCACUAUGUUUGCCAAAUACUUAAUAUUCGUUCUGUUCGUGACAUUUCAAACGGUAAUCGCACACGAAGACGAUGUGCACACGAUUCAGUACACGGCCGAUACAUUCCCCAUUGAAGUAGCGAAGAAAGACCAUUUCGUCAUGUUUUAUGCACCAUGGUGUGGACAUUGCCAACGAUUGGCACCUACUUGGGAACAAUUGGCUGAAAUACUGAAUGGAGUUGAAGAUGGUCAAGUGAAAAUUGCAAAAGUCGAUUGUACCACAGAUAGUACCAUGUGCUCUGAAAAUGACAUCACUGGAUACCCAACUCUUAAGUUCUUCAAGGCUGGAGAAAGCAAAGGUGUUAAGUUCAGAGGAACACGGGACUUACCAUCUUUGACAGCUUUCAUUAAUGAGCAAGUAGGAAGUACUCCUGACGAAAAGGAUAGCGAAACAACAGUACCACAGGCAAUCAAUGGGUUGUUGGAAUUGACCGAAGACACUUUUGAUAAACACGUUUCAGCAGGCAGGCAUUUCAUCAAAUUUUAUGCUCCGUGGUGUGGACACUGUCAAAAGUUGGCACCAACUUGGGAUGAGCUUGCAAAUAGUCUUCGAAACGAUAACUUGGUUAGCAUUUCCAAAGUCGAUUGUACUCAACAUCGUGCAGUAUGUGGGCAAUUUGAUAUCAAAGGAUAUCCAACGUUAUUAUGGAUUGAGGACGGAAAGAGGGUCGACAAAUAUACUGGGCAGAGAUCGCACGAAGAAUUGAAAGCCUACGUAUCGAUGAUGCUCGGUAAAAGUGUAGAGGGUAAUGCUGAUGAAAAAGCGGAUGCUGACAGUGGUAUACAUCCGGUGCUAACUCUAACUGACGAGAAUUUCAAGCAUGGCGUUGAGAAGGGAGUUACUUUCAUAAAGUUCUUUGCUCCUUGGUGUGGUCAUUGUAAGAGAUUAGCACCGACAUGGGAAGAACUUGGCAAGAAAUUUUUAGCCAAUGAAAACGUCCAUAUAGUCAAAGUAGACUGUACUCUGAAUAGCAGCAAACAGCUGUGCAACGAUCAAGAAGUCGAUGGGUUCCCUACUCUGUUCCUUUAUAAAGAUGGGCGAAAACUUUCCGAAUACAAUGGCUCCCGUACCUUGGAUGACCUCUACGAGUUUGUUAUGAAUCAUCUUCAGUCUCACGACGAACUGUGAUCAACGCGUGUGAGUUUUUUAAGAUAUUCAGUCACAAGUACCGUACUUAGUUUUAUGGGUGUGUGAAAAUGCGUACGGUUUCUAGUGAACAAAAUGAAACCUAUGGUUACGUAAAUGAUCUGAAUAGUUUUUCAAAUUUUUCAAAACUUUCUAACUGCUUCAUUGGAAUAUCUUACAACUAGUCCUAAAUAAUAUUCGAUUUUCUUACUCCAAAAGUAUGACCAAUAUUUGCUUACCUCAAAACUGUCAUUGAUUAAAUGGUAUAAUAUAUUCAGAGUCAUCAUUUUAAAGCUUCGGAGCAAUUUUCGAUCCGAUUGGUCCGUUACAGUGAUAUGCAGGAUCAAUCAAAUUAUAUAUUUCUACUUAAAGUAGACCUUCCGUAGGCGUGCCGGUAGUUUCUCACCACUAUCGGAACCUUAUCAAUACGUCUAGCAUUUAACUUGAAACGGCACAUCUUCUAUCGAUUACCUUGAUUAGAUGAUCGCGGUUUCUAGGUAGCGAUAUACUCUCUGGACUUGGGCUCAAAUUUUCAGAUUCCACGUACAGAAAUUCGUGGAUCCGAAUUACAUCCAACGUUGAGUUUGUUUUUUUUUUUUUUUCUUACUUUAUAUACUGGAAAUUAUUAGUAACAUAAGAUUAACGAUGUAAUGAUUUUUCCCACCAUUACCAACGUCGUCGAUAUAUUAAAGUGGUUGAAAAUUAAAA